UUCAAAGAGGAAAACAUGGCGGAAAACAAAGGCGGUGGCGAGGCUGAGAGCGGCGGCGGGGGCAGCAGCAGCGCGCCGGUAACUGCCGGGGCCGCCGGGCCCGCGGCGCAGGAGGCGGAGCCGCCUCUUGCCGCGGUGCUGGUGGAGGAGGAGGAGGAGGAAGGCGGCAGGGCCGGCGCGGAGAGCGGCGCGGCCGGGCCCGACGACGGGGGGGUGGCCGCGGCCUCCUCGGGCUCGGCUCCGGCUGCCUCAGCCCCUGCAGCCUCAGUGGGCCCUGGGAUUCCCGGGGGCGCGGUAUCGACGCCGGCCCCAGCUCCGGCUUCGGCUCCUGCUCCGGGUCCCUCGGCGGGGCCGCCUCCUGGACCGCCAGCCUCGCUCCUAGACACCUGCGCCGUGUGUCAGCAGAGCCUGCAGAGCCGGCGUGAGGCGGAGCCCAAGCUGCUGCCCUGUCUUCACUCUUUCUGCCUGCGCUGUCUGCCGGAGCCCGAGCGCCAACUCAACGUGCCCAUCCCGGGGGGCAGUAACGGCGACAUCCAGCAAGUUGGUGUAAUACGGUGCCCAGUAUGCCGCCAAGAAUGCAGACAGAUAGACCUUGUGGAUAAUUAUUUUGUGAAAGAUACAUCUGAAGCUCCUAGCAGUUCUGAUGAGAAAUCAGAACAGGUAUGUACUAGUUGUGAAGACAAUGCAAGUGCAGUUGGCUUUUGUGUAGAAUGUGGAGAGUGGCUAUGUAAGACAUGUAUUGAAGCACAUCAAAGAGUAAAAUUCACUAAAGAUCACUUGAUCAGGAAGAAAGAAGAUGUCUCAGAGUCUGUUGGAGCAUCUGGUCAGCGCCCUGUUUUCUGCCCUGUACACAAACAAGAACAGUUGAAACUUUUCUGUGAAACAUGUGAUAGGCUGACAUGUAGAGACUGUCAGCUAUUGGAACACAAAGAACAUAGGUAUCAAUUUUUAGAAGAAGCUUUUCAAAACCAGAAAGGUGCAAUUGAGAAUCUACUGGCUAAGCUUCUUGAGAAGAAGAAUUAUGUUCAUUUUGCAGCUACUCAGGUGCAGAAUAGGAUAAAAGAAGUAAAUGAGACUAACAAACGAGUAGAACAGGAAAUUAAAGUGGCCAUUUUCACCCUUAUCAAUGAAAUUAAUAAGAAAGGAAAAUCUCUGUUACAGCAGCUAGAGAAUGUUACAAAAGAAAGACAGAUGAAGUUACUACAGCAACAGAACGACAUCACAGGCCUUUCCCGGCAGGUGAAGCAUGUUAUGAACUUUACAAACUGGGCAAUUGCUAGUGGUAGCAGCACGGCACUACUGUACAGCAAGCGACUGAUUACUUUUCAAUUGCGCCAUAUUUUGAAAGCACGGUGUGAUCCUGUCCCUGCUGCUAAUGGAGCAAUACGUUUCCACUGUGAUCCCACCUUCUGGGCAAAGAACGUAGUCAAUUUAGGUAAUCUAGUAAUAGAGAGUAAACCAGCUCCUGGUUAUACUCCUAAUGUUGUAGUUGGGCAAGUUCCGCCAGGGACAAACCACAUUAGUAAAACCCCUGGACAGAUUAACUUAGCACAGCUUCGACUCCAGCACAUGCAACAACAAGUGUAUGCACAGAAACAUCAGCAGUUGCAACAGAUGAGGAUGCAGCAGCCACCUGCACCUGUACCAACAACAACAGCAACAACACAGCAGCACCCUAGACAAGCAACCCCUCAGAUGUUACAACAACAGCCUCCAAGAUUGAUCAGUGUGCAAGCAAUGCAAAGAGGCAACAUGAACUGUGGAGCUUUCCAAGCCCAUCAGAUGAGAUUGGCUCAGAAUGCUGCCCGAAUACCAGGGAUACCCAGGCACAGUGGCCCUCAGUAUUCCAUGAUGCAGCCACACCUCCAAAGACAACACUCAAACCCAGGGCAUGCUGGACCCUUUCCUGUUGUGUCGGUGCACAACAACCCAGUCAAUCCAACCAGUCCUACUACAGCUACUAUGGCAAAUGCAAAUCGAGGUCCCACCAGCCCAUCUGUUACAGCAAUAGAACUAAUUCCUUCAGUUACCAAUCCAGAAAACCUUCCGUCGCUGCCAGAUAUUCCACCCAUACAGUUGGAAGAUGCUGGUUCAAGUAGUUUAGAUAAUCUGCUAAGUAGAUACAUCUCAGGCAGUCACCUACCCCCACAGCCCACAAGCACCAUGAAUCCCUCCCCAGGACCCUCUGCCCUAUCUCCAGGAUCAUCAGGUUUAUCCAAUUCUCACACACCUGUGAGACCCCCUAGUACUUCUAGUACUGGUAGUCGAGGCAGCUGUGGGUCAUCAGGAAGAACUGCUGAGAAGACAAGUCUUAGUUUCAAGUCUGAUCAAGUGAAGGUCAAGCAAGAACCUGGCACUGAAGAUGAAAUAUGUAGCUUUUCAGGAGCUGUGAAACAGGAAAAGACAGAGGAUGGCAGGAGGAGUGCCUGCAUGUUGAGCAGUCCUGAGAGUAGCUUGACACCACCUCUUUCAACUAGCCUGCAUCUAGAGAGUGAGUUGGAUGCAUUAGCAGGCCUGGAAAACCACGUGAAAACUGAACCUGCAGAUGUGAAUGAAAGCUGCAAACAGUCAGGGCUCAACAGCCUUGUUAAUGGAAAGUCCCCAGUUCGAAGUCUCAUGCACAGGUCGGCAAGGAUUGGAGGAGAUGGCAGCAGCAAAGAUGAUGACCCAAAUGAAGAUUGGUGUGCUGUCUGCCAAAAUGGAGGGGAUCUCUUGUGCUGUGAAAAAUGUCCAAAGGUCUUUCAUCUAACUUGUCAUGUUCCAACACUUCUUAGCUUUCCAAGUGGGGACUGGAUAUGCACAUUUUGCAGAGAUAUUGGGAAACCAGAAGUUGAAUAUGAUUGUGAUAAUUUGCAACAUAGUAAGAAGGGGAAAACUGCACAGGGGUUAAGCCCCGUGGACCAAAGGAAAUGUGAACGUCUUCUGCUUUACCUCUAUUGCCAUGAAUUAAGUAUUGAAUUCCAGGAGCCAGUUCCUGCUUCGAUACCAAACUACUAUAAAAUUAUAAAGAAACCUAUGGAUUUAUCCACCGUGAAAAAGAAGCUUCAGAAAAAACAUUCCCAACACUACCAAAUCCCAGAUGACUUUGUGGCUGAUGUUCGUUUGAUCUUCAAGAACUGUGAAAGGUUUAAUGAAAUGAUGAAAGUUGUUCAAGUUUAUGCAGAAACACAAGAGAUUAAUUUGAAGGCUGAUUCAGAAGUAGCUCAGGCAGGGAAAGCAGUUGCAUUGUACUUUGAAGAUAAACUCACAGAGAUCUACUCAGACAGGACCUUCGCACCUUUGCCAGAGUUUGAGCAGGAAGAGGAUGAUGGUGAGGUAACUGAGGACUCUGAUGAAGACUUUAUACAGCCCCGCAGAAAACGCCUAAAGUCAGAUGAGAGACCAGUACAUAUAAAAGAACAGACUUCUCAGAAAAUCUUCAGAAGCAGCUUAUUAUUAAAAUAUCAGAAUAUUGAAAUAAACCCGGUGGGGUUAGAGUACUCAUCCGUCCACCAAGUGGGACAUUUGCAUGGACUGGGGGCUUAAAGGACGUAGAAGAGACCUGUAAGUAUAUCCUGAAAAUGAGCCAAUCAAUCCCCACUUGAAUGGUUACUGGAGUAAACCCACCUUUACUACUCUGAUUUUAGCACUCGAGGCAGAUAAACCACCUUGGCUCUGUUUCAUUUUUCUUCUCUUCAUUUGUGAUGCUCAGAUCCAAGAUGCGUGUUCUAGACUGUGUACAGGCUUCUCUUUUGUUGAGUUAAAAAUUUUAGUCCUACUUUUGUAUGGACAUGUUAGAAUGUAAAGUGACCAAAAUAGAAGACUUGCCAUUAGAUAUUUUUCAGACAUCAGCAGAUUUGUGGCAAAUCAUUUGCCUUUUUAAAAAUUCAGCUUGAACAGUUCAGACAGUAGACUACUCAGAAAAAAUUAUUUGACAUAAUUGUCUAAGAGGUAAAUAUUUUUUAGUGCGUAUUGAAUCAAAUAAAGUGCUCUAAAGAAGUUAUUAUACGAAUUUCUUUGGGUUGUUUUUCUUUUCUUAACAAGUGGUGGUAAAAAUGAAUGUGAUUCAAGCCUUCUGAUGGUAUAUUGGUUUUAUUAUUGCUAUUGACUUCAUUCUGUGGCUUUCUUUUAGCUUCUUUUUCAGUUUCGUUAUAAGUUAAACUUCAAAACAUAUACCAGACUGUUUUAUCAUUUUACUCAAAUUUUAAGUUCUUAAGAACAGGUUUCUUAUAAAAAGGAGAAAAUUGUUUAAAAAUGCCUUUAUCUGUGUGCAUUUUCCUCUUUCCCACAACAUUCAUGAUUUCAGUUUAUCAGGAGACUUACCGAAGGGCACAUUUUUGGAAAGUGAUGAGUAACAGUAUAACUUCAUUUUGCCAAGCCACUGAGUUUUAAUAUUUUAUGCUCGUUCUUCAUAUGAAUCCUUUUCACAAGUCUUAGAUAAUAGGUUCUACCUACGGGGGCAGAAACAGAAAUUUUAAGUAAAUAUUUAUUUCUUGAUAUUUGGGGCCUUAAAAGGUAAUGUGUUUCAUUCAAAACAUUUCCAUGUUAGAUGGCGUUUCGGGUUUUUGUUUUCUUUUAAUUUAAGAUUAGUUCUUAAAAAGCUACUAAUUUCCAGCGUUUAACAGGCUUCAUUUCUGUUAACAGAAGGUAGUUCAUACGGCUGAGGAAUUACUGUUAAAUUAUAUAGCUAGCAACAAACCACGUUUAAGUGAAGGUAUUCACUUUAGAUUUCAUUAAAGCUUUUUUCUUGCACAUUUAUCAUUGUGUUUCUAAGCUGAUUUGUUCAGCACUAAUAUGACUGUAGAAAAGUAUAAAAAUUUAAAUUGAUAUUCAGAUAUCUUACAUGUUUUCCUACUCAUUUAUGUUUUAAAAAGACAAACAUUGAAUAUUGAUCCCUGAAGGCAGUUUGUUUUGAUACUCCCUUACAUUUGUAUUCUUUGUUAAAAGGCAGUAUUUUUGAUUUGUAGAUGUUAAAUGUUUCCUUAAAAGCUUGCAAACUUUCACCACACUUCAUUUUUCAUUUUCACUAAGAACAAAGUGUUCCUCAGUCUGUUCCUCUGGCUUAAAUUUGUCUUUUUUUAGCACUGAGUGAAGGAAUUGCUUUGCAAGGUGAAGCAUGUAUGUGUUCCAAAGUAUGGUCAAAUUUUAGGUCAUGCUCUAUAUUGAAACAUCAAAUCAUUACCACAGAGAAAGGUUAAGGCAUUGAAUCCACUGUUGAAAUUAUUCUUUUUGGAAUCAACAAGGUACUUUCUGACUUCUAUUCUUAUAUAAGGGAAUUUUAAAUAAAUUUUAAAGUUAGUUAAUUCUAAUUUUUUGUUGUAACACUUUGAGAUUUUUAGUUAAUCCAAAGAAAUAAUGCUUUUAAAUAGAAGCAAAAGGUUUAUGGUGUGCAAAUUAUAGAUUUACCAAUUACCUCAGCAGGUAUCCUGCCAUGUAACUAUUAGUAAUUAGUUUUAAUAAGCCAGUAGACUUAGGUUUUGUGACUAUGCUCCUGGGUUGUGGCCUACCAUACGUUAUUAAACAGUCUCUUAGUAUUCAAAAUGGGAGUAGAUGCUGUGGCCCUCUCUCUCGGCCUUUUAAAGUCCUUUACCCAUGCCCACUCACAUACAACAUAUGAAGUAUAAAAAUCUCAUUUCUUGAGGUCAGCACUGCUUAUUUGCAUACUUAACUUUGGAUCAGUGAGUAGUUUUAUAAAAUCCAACCUCCCCAACUUCCCUAAUUAAAACAAUCAAGUUCUUAAUUCAUACCAUGAAUUCUUAUACCAUCUAUAUUAAUAAUCUGCUGGAGGUGAUCCAAGGUUUAAGGUGUAUUGCAGCUUGAUCAUAUACCAGACCUGGAUGUUUUAUUUCUCUCACAGUUAUCUCCUCCUUGAUAAAGCAAUAACACUGCUUUAAGUCUGUUGCCUAAUAGCAUGUCAUAAUCCUCUCCUGGAUGGUGAUUUUAUAGGAAAGUUUGUAUGCAUAUCACCCAGUCUAUCUUUUAAAAAUUAAGGAAUUUAAAUGUAUGCUGGAGCUAAUGACAAUAUAUUGUGGCAUUUUAUUUUAAAAAUUGGGGAAAGUUGCAUAUUUUUUUAAAAGUAGGCAUUUGAGUAGAAGAAUUGAAGGUACUUUUUUAAGAAAAAAAUUUAUAUGCCACAGUUUACAUAGACCUUUCAGAUUUCAACAUGUAUUCUUGGAUAUAAUGGUUUCUUUUACUUGGUCAAAAUGCAUGUAUAGCAUUUCUUCCAUUUAGUUCCUUGUGUUUGCCUUCGUGGUCUUUUAUAUAUUUUUUAUUGUAUCUGAGAAACAAAAUUAUCUUCAAAAAUAAGUCAAUUUGGAUAUAUUUGUUAUGAUCAGACUACAAAAUAUACAAAAUUAAGUUUAGCCCUUUUCUAGAAAGCAAGUGAUCUUUAAAAUUAAAAAUGCUGUUCUUUUAAAUUCACCAAAUUUGUAUGUGGGAAGGCACUGAAAUGAUUUUGUAAGUGCCACUGCAAUACCCCCUUUCAAGUGUGGCCUAAAUUUCAAUCUUAAGAAUGAAUUUCAUGUCUGCUCCUGGUCUGAAAAAUGUAGGUAUUAACUAUGUUUUAAAUCACAGUGAAACAUGUAUAUAAGCCUAUAACAAAAAGAUUUGUGCAAUCUGAAAGCCUGUUGAUUUUCUAUGUAGACAUACCUACACACGAAAGGGUUAAAUUCACAUCCUUACUAGUUCCUUGCUUCCAGUAUUUCAACUCUUCUCCCCUCAUUAUUAUUAUUACUAAUAUUACAAUUACUAUUAUUUUUGCACAUAGUUAACUACCCGUCAAUAUGAUUCUGAAAGAAAAAGUGCUGUUUCUGUGGUAUUGUAUUCUCUAAAUAAUCAUAUUUAAUUUUUUUAAACAAGGUUGAAGUUUCUAAUUGUUCCGUUCCUGUGUUUUUUGCUGGUGUGUAAUAAAAGCAAGAUUUUCUUUUCAUGGUUAUUUAAUACAUUAGCUGCCUGUAAAUAUUUCUUGUUAUAAUGCUCUGGAAUGUGUUGUAGAAGUUGUAUUAGAUUAGUUUAAAGCUUUGUUUGAA